AGAAAACACAGAUGGCUGACAGCCCAAAAUUCGACGACGCGACACAAAAAGAACUCGCCUCUUUCCUAGAGAAGGAACAGACUCAGGCCAAGCUACAUUCCGCAAUUCACAACUUCACGACAAUGUGUUGGGACAAAUGCAUCACGGGAACCCCGUCGACCAGAUUUUCGAGGAGCGAGGAGAGCUGCAUCAUGAAUUGUGUGGACAGAUUUCUCGACUCGAGCAUUUAUCUGGUGAAGCAAAUCCAAGCACGACGUGACCCCUAA